UUAGCAGCUAGUGAUGCUAUAAGAGAGUCUGAUGCCUACUAAAUAUAGUUUAGCCCAGUUUCUUUAAUAUUUAUUAACUUCUUGUUGCAGCAAUCUUAAAAUGUUUUAUCUUCAACAUGCAUGGAAAAAAAAUUGCCGAUCUAAUAGUUACGAUCGAUGAAAUGAUGUUGUCAAGAGAGGAGAGAAGGCAGUCAACUCUCCCUUUGGAUAAAUACUACAGCACACAUUUUAUUAAUUUCGUAUUUAAAGGAGUGUUCUUGGCUGUAAUGGUUGAAGUCUUGAUUAAAACGUCCUCAGCGCUGGUGUGGCCGCUCGUCAACGUCUACUUGAAAGGAGACAUCGAAUGGGAGAUAUUAAUUGAACUAUUCACAGCCGUUAUUUACUUGUCGGUGAACAUAGUAUCAAUAACAUGUCGCUGUCUCCAGGGCGCCAUCGCCGUGAACGCGAGCUUCGUGUAUCUCUUGGUGCAAGCAGACAUAGAAAAUAUGAUGAAAAUGGAAUUUAAUGAAGAAAAAUUCGAGGAAACAAUAAUAAACUUAAUUCAAUAUCAUCAGAAAAUCAAUCGGCUAACUUGCGAGCUGAGAGAUAUUUUCACUAUUUCGUAUUGUGGAGAUCUUUUGGCGGCCUCACAAAAAUUGGGGUGCCAGGGUUUCACACUGAUGACUAAUAGUAUUGACAUCCAAGGAUAUUUUGUACAAAUUUGGUACAUUAUCAAGACUGUCCUUUCGUUCUUCAUCUUGUACUGGCCAGGACAGCUGCUUGCAGAUAUGAGUGCGAGAGUGGCAACUGCAGCCUUCAGCAUCCGCUGGUAUACCAAGAAUAGGAGGAUUAGUACAUUAGUCAAUUUGAUUAUUUUGAGGUCACAAAGACCAGCGCACAUGACAUCGAAGUUUGAAUUAAUGACAUUGAGGAGUUUCGGAAAGAUACUGGUUAAAGGAUGGUCGUAUGCCUGCUUGUUGACCAAUAUAGGUAGGUGCAUACACCUACAAGGAAAAUAAACUCAUUGCGACUUUCAAGUAACUGAACAUUAUUAUUCAGUAGUUACCUCUGCGUUUGAAGAAACUUGUGAAUAAAAAUAAGCAUUUUGAAAAAAACUCAUAAUAAGCUCGCAUUCGUAAAAAAUAUGUAAAGAAUU